AUGUAAUCUCAAUUUAUAAGAAGAGGAAUUCCUUCAAAGACAAUUGUUGUUAAAAAGAAUAAUUAAUUGUUUUCAUCUGCUGAAUAAGGGGACAAAAAAAUCAAAUAGUUUAGAAUGAAAAAUUCUAUAAGAAGAAAAGGGGAUUUUAAUGACAAUUAAGAACCAUUUUAAAUUAGUAAAGCAACUAUAAAGGCUUAGCUUAGUUCUGAAUCAGAAUCAGAUAGUGAUGAUUCAUUUUAGAAAUCUAUUUUAUCUGAGAGUUCAAAAUCAAGUAUAAGAUCAGCAAGAACUAUAAAAUCAAAGUCUUCAAAAAGGCAGAACAACAACAUAAAAGAUUUGACUUAAAACUUGGUAUAACAAUAUCAAACAAUAUUAAGAAAAGCUGAUAGCUAAAUGACUUAGCAGAAACAGUACAUAAACUCAUAACAAUAGGGAAGAAAUAUAAUAAAAGAUGCUUGAUAGAAUAGCAGAGCAAACAACUGCCCAGAUGUAUGUUUAACCUUAUAUGGAAAGCAAAUAAAAUGAAAGUGAUGAAGAGAAUUCUGAUCAUCUAUCAUAAUUAUUUUCAGACUUAGCCAAUGAAGAUGAUUAGUCUGAUAAAUCUGAUAAUUCAAAUAUAAGUCUUGAAGUAAUAUAAACUCAAAAUUUAAUUACAAACAGAUCAAAUAAAGAUAUUUAAUCUCCGGGGACACCAUAAUCUUCAAUUUAGAUACCAAAUGAAGAUAUAAGUGUAAGUAUUAUAUUAACAAUAGACAACACAUGUUAAACGUAGAAUAUCCAACUUUAAUAGUGCUUUUGCUGGAUUUAGUCAUUUAUCUGUAACAGAAUAAUCUCAGUCAUCAAAUGAAGUAUUAAAAUUUGCAUUAUUAUAGAUUGAAUUAGAUUAAUUAUGCAAAUUAUAAAAUCACUAUAGUAAAAUCUAUUAAAAGUUGAGUAGUGUUAAUGGACCUAAAAAUAUUAAAUUUAAAAAAAUGAGAAGCUUUUUAAGGUAUAAAUUGCUUUAUGUAAAUAUAAAUUUAAAUAAAGAGCUCUUAUGAGGAUGAUUAUCCUUUUUUAAAAAUAAGGAAAAUAGUUAGUUAUUGUUAUUUGAUGACAAAAAGAUUGUCAAAAGAAAUAGUAAGAUCAAAAAUUUAUUAAUAUAUUGUGACAUUUGUAACUUUAGGAAACAUCAUUUUAUUUAUUUAUGAGCAUUAAAAUUAUUUUAAUGAGAGUUUAAAUGCAAUUAAUUUUGGUAUAUUGGAUAAUGAUUGUUUAGUAUUUUUUUGGUUAUAUUUGGUGGACCUUGUUCUUCAGUUAUUUGCAUUUGGAUUGUUUAGAACUAAAUUUAUAUUCCUAGGAAGAAUUAUUGAUACAAUUCUAAUAGUGUUGUUUUAUUAUCAUUUAACAUAUAAGAAUUCUGUUAUAAAUAUAACACCUUUAAGAAUGAUGAGAUUACUCAAAUAAUUAGGAGUAAUUUUUGAGGGUAUUUCUAAAAUAUUACAUAGGAUUACAAAGAAUGAUUAAAGCAUUGAUAGAAUCAUUAAAAUUUAUUUUUGAAUUCACAGCUGUAGUUAUUUUAUUUGUUUUAUUUUUUGCAUCCUUAGGAAAUUCUUUAUUUAUGGGUUUAUUUAAUGAACGUUGUAUACCUUCUGAAGAGGAUGAAUGGAUUUAGUGUAGAUAAGGAGAAUGUCCAGAUGGUAAGAGUUGUGUAAUUACUAAUAAUGCAUAUAAUAUUCCAACUAAUUUUAAUAAUAUCAUCUAUUCUUUUGGUUUAAUAUUAAAAACUGUUACUAUGGAUGAUUGGAGCUGGGUAAUGUAUUAUACUAUAAGAUCCUUUCAUCCUAUUGUUUGGAUUUAUUAUGUUUUAAUUAUUUUUGUUGGAGGAUUUUUUGGAUUUAAUUUACCUAUUGCUGUAUUUAAAACUCAUUUUAGUGAAAUGUAAUUUAAAACAACCUCAAAUAACAUUGAGAAAGUAGAAGCAAUAAGCAAAUCAUAAUUUUAAAAAAUAGGUUUCUAUUAUUAUGUGAAUCAAAUGAAUCGUUAUUUAUUUUCUAAAUAACGAAACAUUUUAAUUGAAUAACCUCAAAUUAAUAAACAAUCUUAAAAUUGGGACAUAUAACCAAAACUAUUAUUAGGAAGUAUGAUCAAUCAUUAUAAGAUUGGUGAAAGUAAUUUUACAUAAUUAACAAAUACUGUUAAAAACUUUUCCUUUAAAUAUAUUCUACUCCCAAAAUUAAAUGAUAUUGCUAAGUUUUACAAUAAUUUAGAUUUAAAACUAUUUACAUCAGAAAUUAAAUAAUAAAUGAUUAUUAAAUCUUUUAGUAAAUCUUUUUUAUUAGAAAAAUAUAUUGAUUAUAAUUGCAAUUAUGUGCCCACAAGUCAUAUUGAUAUUUUAAGAUAAUCUAUGUUUUUAGUUUUAAAAACUACAGAAAAUAAACCAUUUUCGAUUUAUAAAAAGAAGAAAUUUUAUUAUAAACCAAUUUAGAGUAAAAAAAAAUAUGUAUAAGAUCGUAAAAUUAGUAGAUCUGAAUUAACUGUAGCAAGUUCUUAAAUAAAUGAAAAUAAAAAAAUGAAAUUACCAAUUAAGAUAUCUUUAAGAAUGAAGAAAGAUAAUCUUAAUACUUCUGAUAUUCAUGGUUCUAAAUCUAGUUUAAGUUCGAAAAAUAACCUAAAUCAAGGUUAUCAAAUGAUUAAAGUAACAGAUAAAGAAAAAAGGAAAUUUCCUUAUUUUAUGAAACAACUUUCCAUUCCUUAAGAAAGUGAGAGGAAGCCUUUUACAUUAAAUGAAAAAGGUAGUUUAAGAAUUCUUGUGAAUGGAGUUUAUUAGGAUUAUAUGAAUGUUUAAUAAAGGAUUAAUACUAAAAUUCAUUAAAAAAAAUAGGAGGGACCUAGAGUUUAAGAAGAAUACACAAAACUAAGAAGAAAAGAAUUUGAAAAAAAAAUAAUAAAAGUGAAAAAUUGGUCAGGAAAUAAUGUUUUAAUUAGUUCUUAUCAAUUAAUUUAAAAAUUUGAUGAUAUUUUUAGAAGUCUCAAUAAAAAAGAUAUUGAAAUUUGGCCAAUUUCAUUAAGUGGUAUUGUACUAAAUUUAAGAAAAUAUGCUUUUUAAAUUAUUCACUUCAGAUUAACAAAGUUUUUGUUUGAUUUGACUAUUUUAAUUAAUACAUUGUUUUUGGCUCUACAGGGGAUUAUAGAGAGAAAAAUAAUAGAUAAAAUAGAAGAUAUUGUAACAGUAGUUUUAUCAACAGAAAUUAUUUUACAAUUAAUUGUCUAUUAACCAAGUAUUUAAAAUAUAAAAUAAUUUAGAAAGAAUAGCUAAAAAUAAACAUCAUGUUAUUGAACUUUUAAUAGUCAUCUUAAGUUUAAUAGAGUUUGGUUUUAGUGAUUAUUUAAAUGUAAGUGAACAAUAUCUUCGAUUAAUGAGAUCAACUAAGUGUCUCUUAUUUUAUCGAUGUAUUCUUUACAUUUAAAUGGCUAGAAUAAUUGGAGCAAUAGCUUCUAUUACUUAUAAAUCUUAUAUUUAUUUGGCAUUCUUAAUGUUUUUCAUGAUAUUCACAUUUGGAUUAAUAGGAAUGGAAUUAUUUGCUAAUUAAUUUAAUGAUUACCAUAAACAAGGAUAUAUGUAAUCUUUUGAUGAUCCUGCAAAGGCAUUUAUGACUGUCUUUAAUAUAAUGACAAAUGAUGAUUGGUUUGGUGUUUAUCGUAUUGGAACUGAAGUAAAAAAAGAAUUGGCAGUAACUUUUUCAAUAGCUUUAGUUUUUACUUUAAAUUAUUUUAUUUAUGGUAUAAUGAUGGCUAUUUUGCUUGAUGGAUUUAGUUAAUAUUUAGAGAGGGAAUCUUCAAAUGAGGAAAAUGAGUUUAUGAAAGAAAAAAUAAAAUAGAUAAAUAAACUUAAUAAAUAAUUAGAUUCAGAAUAAACUGAUGAUGAUUCAGAGACAGAAAGUUCUAGUUCAAGUUCUUCUUCUAUUAAAUAAUAUAAAGAAUUAGCUAAUAAUGUAAUUGUAAAUAGCAAUCGUAAUUUAAGAAGGGAAAGCACUUCACCAGAAUAUCUAUUAGCUUCAUCAAGUAAUAUGAAAGAUUACAUGUAAAAAAGAGAUAGUUGCUUAAAAGAAAAAUUAUAUCAUUCACUUUAAUUUCCACCUCCUAGAAAUAGAAGAUCAGUUGUUGUGAAUGAUUCAAAAAAGAAAAUCAAAGAUGACUUUAAUAAAUUGAAAAAUUUAACAAAUAUUAAUCUUAAUCAUUUAAAAGGAUAAGAAUCAAAAAAAAUAAAAUUAAUACAAGAAAAUAUUUAAUAAUUUGAAAAAUAACUCCUUAAAUAAAAUCCUAAAUUAUACACUGGGAAUGAUUGUUUAUAAUCUUAUUAUAUUUUCCAUAAAUCAAAUAAUUUUAGAAAACUACUCUAUAAAUUAAGCUAAAGUGUUUAUACUAAAUAUUUCAUUGAUAUUAAUUUACUUUUAUCUAUUACUUAUUUAGCUGUACCUAAAGAUAUCUAAGAAGAGCCUUUGCUUGUUACAUUAUUAUUUAUUUUGAAUUCAAUAAUUUUUGUAGAGUUUAUUAUAAAAUCUAUAGCCUAUGGAGUAUUUAUAGAUAAAGGAUCUUAUCUAAAUGUAAUAAUAUAAUUAAAAAUAAUAGUAUACAUGGAAAAUAAUUGAUUUGGUUUACAUUAUAAUAUAUUAUGUUCAAUUCUUUAAAAUAGGUUACUUGCCAAUUUUUAAAGUAAUUGAAACAUUUUUAUUUUUUCGCCCAUUAAAAUUACUUUACCGAAUAAAAUGGGUUGCAAGAGUGAGAGCUGCAUUGACUUAAUCAUUAUUUGAUAUAAUAAAUGUUUUCGUAGUACUUUUAAUGGUUUGGUUAAUGUUUGCAGUAUUUUCUAUGAUGCUUUAUGCAGAAAAAUUUGGUUAUUGUGAAGAAUAGUUUAAUUAUGAUAUUGGGAUAGAAGAAUGUUAAGAAUAAGGUAAUUAAUGGAGAGUUUAUAAACAUAAUUUUGAUAAUAUUACUACUGCAAUGCCUGCUCUUUUUGUAAUAUCAACUUUUGAUGGAUGGGGUGCUAUUUUAUGGGCAUCUUAAAAUAGUAGAGAAUCACAUUAUGGUCCACAUCCUUAUUAUAGUUAGGCUCCAACUUAUUUAUUUUAUUUAGCAUUUUGUACUAUUGGAUCAAUGUUCUUUUUGUAACUCUUUACUGGUGUUCUUUUUAUAAAUCUAAAAGCUAACUCAAAAUAAAUAGAAAAUUAAUAAUUAACUCAAGCUUAAAUAGAAUUUAAAAAUAUUACUGAAAUAAUAUUAUUUGAUCAUCCUAUUAGAUCUUCAUUACCAAAAUCUUUGUUUAGGAAAACAUUAGCUAAUUUAAUAACUGGUAAAUUUAUGAAUUUGUUUAUGUUUUCUAUUUUACUAAUAAAUUGCAUAACAAUUAUGAUGGUAUAUCAUUCUGCUGAUUCUCAUUAUAAUCAUAUAAUAAAUCUAAUUAAUCAUUUAUGUACCAUUGUAUUUACUAUAUGGUUAAUACUCUAAGCAUUUGCUUUAGGAAUCAAUAGAUUUAAAGAUAAUCCAUGGAGAUUGUAUAAUACUGUAGUAAUUAUUUUAGGUGUUAUCGAUUUAUUAAUAGAUUUUAAUUGGAAUUGGUUUAAAUAAUAUUUACAUUCUACUUAAUUGAUACCUUAUUAUUAAUUAUUAAGAUUUAUGUAUAUGCUUAGAAAUUUGAAAGUGAUAAUUCUUUUUUAAGGAAUAUAAAAUCUUUAAAGAUUAGUUAGAGUGAUAUCAUUUGCUUUUCCGUUUAUGUUUAAAAUCUUAUUUAUUUUAUUGAUAAUAAUGGUUGUUUUUGCAUUUUAUGGUACGAUGUUAUUUGGACAUAUAGAUUAAGGAGAAGUGCUUAAUGAUUUAAUAAAUUUUAGUAAUUUUUGGUUAGCAAUGUUGGCUUUAUUUAAAUGUGUAAGUGGAGAUGAUUUUAGAAGUAUUAUGAAUGAUUGUAUGCAUCAUAAUCCUUAUUGUUAAGAAGAUCCAAAAUAUUGUGGAUCUCCUUAUUCAUAAAUAUAUUUUAUUUUAUUUAUGUUGAUUUCUAAUUAUGUCCUAUUAAAUUUAUUUGUAUUGGCAAUGAUUGAAUAAUUUGAAUUAUUCUUUAAUAAUUAGGAUUCAAUUCUUUAAACCUAUGUUGAAAAUAUAGAUACAUUUAGAAAGGCUUGGUUUAAGUUUUCUUGUAGCCAUGGUUAAUUUUUAAAUAUAAGAUAUUUACCAUUUUUAUUAAUAGAAAUAAAAGAACCCUUAGGAUGCAAAUCAUACGAAAAUUAAUGGGAUGCUGCUAAAUUUAGUUUGUAAUAUAAUUUAAUAUGUGAUUAAGAAAACAGAAUUACAUAUAAUUAAUUACUCUAUGAGAUAUUUUACCAUCGAUAUAAAAAAUAAAUUUUAAAUUAAUGUUCAGAAAUUGCAUCAGAAAAGAUGGCAUAUUUCCAUAAAACUAUGAAUUUUAGAUUAGCUUAUUAUAGAAGAGGAUUGAAUUUUAGAAGAAGUAAUAUAGGUCCAUAAAUUAAAUUAAAAGGGAAUUAUAAUGCCCUCUAUUUUUAAUUAAUAGCAUUAACUACUUUCAAAAUUUGGAAAAGCUACACUUAAUAGAUGAUUUAAAAUAUAUUAACUGAUUAAUAAUAUAUUUCUUAUAGAACAAUAAAAGAUACUGAACCAAUCAGACAUUCGAUUUCCUUAAAGAGCCUAGAUAGUUAAGAAUCUAGAAUUAAACUUAAUGAUAAACCUUUGUAUUAAAAAAGAAGAUAAGGAAGAUUAAAAAGAGUCUCAUUAUAAGGUUAAUAAAAUGACUAUUUACCUGGUGAUUUAAUUAAUGUAAAUCCAUAUCUCAUUUUUAUAUUUUUAGCCUAAAAUAAUUUUGAAAAGGAAAAGUAGUUUUGGAAUAAAUGUUGAAGAAGGGAACGUUUAACCAGUUUAUAAUACAACAAAAGUUAAAAAAAAGAAAUGA